AAAUAUACGACUCACUCAAGAUAUACAUAGAACAUAACACUCCAACAUAUUUUAAAAUACAAGUAGAUAUAUUCACAAUGCCGUGUUUUAAGCAAGAGAAGAGCCGCUCCCGGCGGGAUACCACAUAUGAUACGGAUCCGGUAGCGCCGAAGCCGGUUCGUCCGCGCGCCUUAAAAUACCAUGGACUCUUCGGCAUGUCCAUUGCGGCCCAGCAUCUCAUUGUUGACGAUAACUGGUCUCCGAGUUCGAUCAAUGAGCAAUUUACAAACAUGACCGAACUGCUGAGUCGCUUCUUAAUAUACAAACGGCAUGAGACGAAGACGAAUCAUUCGCGCCUCUUGGUGGAGAGUAAGCGUUUGAAAACGCAGUGUGCUGAUGGGCGCAUCAAGCUGAAGAAUAUCUCGUCCGGGAAUAACGCCCAUAAGAUACGCAACUUUUUGAUCAAGCACAAGGAAAUGCAGCGUCUCUACCAGAAGAUGCCCAUUCACCUGAUUGUGGACAAUAUUAAUCAGCGCACCUUUGUCCUGCGCAAGGAGCGGGAUCGUCUGGAGGACCGUUUGACGGGGCUAAAAAUGAAAUAUAAAAACCUAUUAGUAAGCCGAUCGAAGGUGGAAAAUAUGAUCAAGUAUGAGAAUGAGUUUGUUCUGGAGGAGGAGCGCCUAUCGCGUGUAUUUCAGAAGAGAAUAGAAAACUCCAACAUGCGUUUGAAAGCUAUUCGCACCAUUAACAUCACAUACAAAAAAAUGGUGCAGGUGCUGUUGCAGGAUGAAAUAUUUUAUGAGCCAAUUUUGCGCUCUCUCGACGACGACAUGGAGGAUCAGGUGAAUUUUAUAAAGCACAUACUCUACCUUGGCAUGCCGGCGAUCGCCAAGUUUAAGCAUCUAAAUUGCGAGUUUUUUCAAUUGGAGUCGAAGUCGCGAAAAAAUUUUCAAGCUAAAAUAAAAAUAUUGAACUCUCUGAAAAAGCCUGUUGUUACCGGCCCGGCGGCAGUCAAGGUCAAAGAGAUAUCAGCAGACCCCAAGCGAUAUGUGCGUGCGACCGAGAGCAUGCAAACUCUCAAGGUGCAGCUGAUGUCCAUUGAAAAAACGAUUAAAAACCUAAAAUUAACGACCUUAUGCUCGCAAGCGAAGGAGAUUUAUCCGCGCAUAAAGGGUAAAUUUAAGGAAAAUGUAGAACUGCGUCGUAAGAUCGAACAUGAUUGGCAGUGUAAGCGAAUGCUGCGCGCCAAAAGGCAAUGCGCGAGUAUGCUCUCGAACUUAUUAAUAAAUAAUCUAUCCGAGGAGGAAAUUAAUCGCCUGGAGCGCAUUAGAGAAUUAAAAAAAAUCCUGAUAGUUGAAAACGAAUUUGAGGAGGAAAAUGUCUCGUAUAUUAGGAAUCGCGCCGAUCUGUAUGUGAUGCUGCGCCUAUUUCUUUGGAACUUGAUGGAAGUCCUCCGCCAUGUAGAUCGAAGUCCCAAUCAAGUUAACAGAGAUUAUCCAAAUUCGUAUUUAAGGCUGCCACUUCUCAAAUUCGAGCUGUACCACAUGUACGCUGUGCCCCCAGAGCUAUAUCCGACAAAUAUUGAUGUUAUUAUGCAUUUACUUAAGCGUUCGGUAUACAAGUUGAUGAAGGGCUACCGUCCGAAGAUGAGUGAAAGAUUAAAGGAGAGUAAAAAUAGUUAUCAUCUCGCUUUUCUGGCUACUUUUGAGCCGCUCGAAACCAUCCAAGACGAAGAGCAAGAUAAACCUGCAAUGGGAGAUGAUUUAGUUACCGACAAGGCCAUGGCCAACAUUCCGAAUAGCAAAAAGAUUAAGGCACAGAGUGCCAAAAUUGUGGAGGAAGCUUUCAAACGGGAUGAACAAUAGCUUUUGGCUUGGCUUUGUGUCUAUAAAUAUUUAGCUUGAGAUACAUAUUUUCAUAUUACAUCUUACACAUUACAUAUAUACACUGCGCUUCAUCAGAUUAGCGCCCCCUUUACAUUCUUAGCAAUUAUUGUCAAAACCAUCUCAAAAUUUUUGUCCAUUUGACACCAACUUUCUUACAAUAAAACCACAAUGGCUUUUCU